AUGCGUGAAUCAGAUCACGAGUCCGGCGCCGUGCCUACCAGGUUGCAGUUGCUAGGAACCCCCCUCGCAUCGUACAAGGCGGGCGGGAAACUCGAGUCGGCCCCGAGCUCCGAGCUCGGUCACAUCCAUCAACACUCUGACCAGGCCGACUCAACACUAUUGGAGGAGCUGCCUAUUUUCCAGAGACACAAUGAAUCAACGACUAUCGAGCUCUUCUACGACCUUUUCUUCGUCGCGAACCUCGCCACUUUCUCCAACAUUCACGAAAUCCAGUCCGUCUCGACAUUAACAUCAUACGUCGGCUUCUUCUGUGUCUUAUGGUUCACCUGGUGUCUCACCAGUAUGCACGACAUCCGUUUUGUUUCGGAUAGUCUGUCAUCACGAAUUGCCAAGGGCGCGCAUCUUGGAGUUAUGGUGGGCUUGGCUGUGGCCGGACCAAAGUAUGCGUCCGAAGGCCACCCUGCGCAGCUGCGAGUCCUCGGUAAUUCAUCGAUCUUCCCCGACUUCUUUUCACUGUCUGGCUAA